AUGCCGUGGGAGCAUCUCGCUCGACGCUCGGAACCUCGCCGAUGCAGCUUCGCAGGCACGACUGAUGCGCUGCUUAUCCCGGGUGAGCAUCUGCUCGGCUGGAUCGUAUGUCGACGUCGACCGGAACAACGUAUGUUUGCCAGGCGACGUGUUCGCAGAAGCAGCGACUUCACCUCCAAGGAUCAACUACUACCGCAUAUUCCGCAACGGUCGUCCAAUUUACAGACAAAGCUCCACUCGUCCGGUACCGCGCUUUGCUGCCGUUUGACACACAAGCCGAGAUCAGACAGACAGUGCUCCAUUAUACCGCCGGCACAGCUGGGGUUUUGCGGCGCAGCAACUUCAAGCGACAUUUACCAAGGCAUUGGAUAUACGUAUGACGGUCAACCUUAUACGAACGGCGGCUCCAGCAGGUGGUGGUGCGCUAAUGCAAUGUGUGAGGCGCGCCGAGAGCCGAGCGCGUCUUGUCAAAGGCUAAAUGAAGACAGCAGAAGCAAUGUGCGAGUUUUUCACAAACGUAGCCCAAGUAUGAGAUACAUCGCAGACUCGCGGCCUGCAGCGCGCCGCGGAGGCCGAAAGCUGCAACGCUGCGCGCCCGGCGAUGGCGCAAUGAUAUCGUGUCCGGCGUCAACGCGCACCAAGCCUUUCUAG